AUGACGGGUGCAGGAGUUCCUCGCUGUGUAAUUUCUACCAGGAUAACGGUUUAUCACAACGACACUGUGCGUCUACCGGGAACGUCGACGAUUCAUCACGUUGGAAACGGAUGCUGUCCCUUGAUGCACUGCGGGGUGGUCCACAAGGGCGCGGCGUGUGCAAUGGCCGAAGGAGGUAUCCGAGGAGAAGCUGGAGCCGGCGGCGCGGCUACCGCCAACAGAAACCUGGAUAAGUCUCUCGAGAAGUCCCUUCAACGGAUGCUCGACCCGGUAGCCCUACUCGAAGACGACGACGUCUCUCUGGAACGUCUGGUCCACACCUUCGUUGCUCAAGACAAGAUCUCACGUGGGGAUGACGGAAAGCGACCGUUGGGCUGUCCGCCCCACCAAGGUUCCAGCACGAGAGAACCCCUCAUCAAAACCAACCCCGAACAGAAGAAAGUCUACCAACUCCGAGCACCCAAACAGAUUAAUCUGCACUUCCAGUCCAGCUAUGGCCAGACCUCUUACUCACCACCUCCGAGGAAACCUCUUCCGAUCCUGCAGAUGGCCCAGGCCGCUGCUCAAGAAUCACAAAGUCCAGCUCGGGUUUCGGUCAAGGAUCGGAAACACAUAUUCGAGCAAAAAUGUCGCGAAGUCGAGGAGAGCCAUCGCCGCAAGAAGGAAGGCACGCUCCGGGAACAGCGCCGAUCGAAGGAGAUGCUCAAGGGAUCGGUCGCGGAUCGGAUUCUUCUGUUCGAGAAAAUGCCGGAACAGAUCGACGAGCCUAGAUCGCCAAAAUCACCUCCGAAAGAGAUACUGGUACCUCAAGACGCUUCUCACGUUUCACCCCCCGUACCGGGAAAGGAUCAUUGUGAGACGCUUCGACGCGCGAUCCAGUCGAAAUGCAUUACACGUCAAAUUCCAGUAUUCUAUCACCCUGAAGGAAAGCCCUGUGACACGCGAGAAGUUGAUCUUGUGAUGAAGAAAAUUGUACAUGCUUACCAAAUCGUCGGCGACGCCUAUUGUUCGGCGAGCAAGUUCUCCCUGGUGGUCAAAGCCUGCGAUCUACCUCUUUACUGGAAAACCGCGCUCUUUAUAGCGGCUGGCGGUACGGCGGUCGACCGGGGUCUCCAUCAGCAGACGUUCCUCAAUUACUGGAAAUCGAUUAUGUUGACCGGUCGGGACGAAGUUUCAUGGCUCGUCAAAAUACUCUCCAACGGACAGCGGAAUUAUCUCGUACCCGACGAUUUCAAGCCGAUUGUAUUGGAUGUGAUCGCCAAUCAUCCUGGUCUGCAUUUCUUGCGCGAAGCACCUGAGUUCCACUCGAGGUACGUUACGACUGUGAUAGCCCGAAUCUAUUAUGACAUAAGUGCCACUUGGUCCAACAAGCUGUACGGGGACGAGCUCCGCCGCAGCAACCUACUUCAGACGAUACGUAUGCUGGAAGUUGAGGACGACAUAAACAAGAUCACCGACUACUUCUCGUACGAGCACUUCUACGUCGUCUACUGCAAGUUUUGGGAACUGGACGAGGAUCACGACUUGUGGAUCGACAGGAAUGACAUGGCCAAGCACAAUAACGCCGCGUUGUCCACGCGAAUCAUCGAGAGGAUAUUCACUCCAGGCGUCGUGAUAUCCACUCCUGAGAGUAAGGGUAGGAUGGCUUAUGAAGAUUUCGUGCAUUUCCUUCUGGCUGAGGAGAACAAGAAACACCCCAGAGCUAUCGAAUACUGGUUUAGAUGCAUGGACCUCGACGGAGACGGCCGUCUCUCGCUCUAUGAGCUGGAAUUUUUCUAUGAGGAGCAAACUCAGCGGAUGGAGUGCCUAGGACUUCAAGCUAUGCCAUUCAUCGACGCUCUCUGUCAGAUGAUAGACAUGAUCAAGCCCAAACACGAUAAAUUCUUGACUCUGGGAGACCUCAAGAGAGCCAAGGCGGUCGGGGUCUUCUUCGACACAUUCUUCAACCUCGAGAAAUAUCUUGAGCACGAACAAACCGACCCGUUCAGUUCCGGACCGAUGGACGGCAAAGCUGCGUGGAACCAGUACGCCAAAGAGCAAUACGAGAUGCUGAUCUCCGAGGAGUGA